ACAUGUUGGAGUCUGCGCACUUGGACUCUCGCCUAAAGCUGCGAUCAUGGCUGCUAAAAGCAUGACUCUGCUGUGGGGCUCCGGCUCCUGCCCCUGCUGGAGGGCCAUGAUCGCCCUGGAGGAGAAGAACCUGCAGGGCUACAACCACAAGCUGCUCUCCUUCGACAAGAUGGAGCACAAAUCCCAGCAAGUUCUGGACAUCAACCCCAGAGGACAGCUUCCCUCCUUCAAACAUGGAGACAACAUAGUGAAUGACUCGUACGCCAUCUGCUUUUACCUGGAGAGUCAGUUUCAGAACCAGGGGAACCGGCUGAUCCCAGACGCUGCAGAGGAGCGGGCCCUCAUGUACCAGCGCAUGUUCGAGGGGCAAAGUUUCUACGAGAAACUCAAUAACGUCAUCUACUAUGACCUUUUUGUUCCUGAGGAGGAGCGGCACGCCUCCGCUCUGAGCAGAAACAAGGAGGCCCUGAAGGCUGAGCUGGGCCUGUGGGAGGCUCACCUGCAGAAGCAGAGUCCGGGCUCUUUCCUGGCUGGAAGCUCCUUCUCUCUGGCAGACGUGGUGGUCUUCCCCACCAUGGCUUAUCUCUUCAGAUUUGGGCUGUCUGAGGGGCGUUACCCCAAACUGGGCGAGUACUACGCCCUCCUGAAGGACCGGCCCAGCAUCAAGGCCAGCUGGCCCCCUCACUGGCUGGAGAACCCCAAAGGACACGAGGCUCUGAAGGAUUUCUGAGAGAAGGCCUCCUCCUGAGCGUUUGACAACAUCAUCUCAGCCAACGCUUGAACUGUCCAGUUUCAGCUGUUCUUGUUAAAUGCAGUUUUCUAGAGGAACAGAAGAUUAAAAGCUUCUUUUUUUCACUUACGCUACCAAAUGCCAGCAGCUUUUACAGCAGGUGCUUUGUGCAAAAACAUGUGAUGACCCCUGACCUGUAAAACUUUAUUGCUUUAUUAUAAAAUAAAACAGCAGAAGAUGAAA